AUGGGCAGUUCCAACACCAGUCUGGAAGGUGGCUUCAUUCUGAUGGGCUUCUCAGAUUGGCCUCCACUGGAGCAUGUCCUUUUUAUCUUCAUUUCAGUUUUCUACUUCCUAACCAUCUUUGGCAACUCCACCAUCAUCACAGUCUCACGAAUGGAUCGUCGACUACAAACGCCAAUGUACUUCUUCCUCAACAACCUCUCCUUCCUGGACCUCUGCUACACCACCAGCACUGUGCCUCAGCUCCUUGUCCAUAUUUCUGGAACUGACAAGACCAUAAGCUAUGCUGGGUGUAUGACCCAAUUCUUCACAGUGCUCUUGCUGGGUGGAACUGAGUGUGUGCUCCUCGUGGUGAUGGCUUUUGACCGCUAUGCUGCUGUGUGCCACCCACUACUCUACACUAGCAUUAUGCACCCUCUUCUCUGCCAGACAUUGGCCAUCUCCUCCUGGAUGGGAGGCCUUGUGAUCUCUGUGACUCAGACAGUCCUCAUCAUGACCAUACCUCUCUGUGGCCGUGACCUGAACCACUUCUUCUGUGAUAUGCUUGUUCUCCUGAAGUUGGCUUGUGAGGACACAGGGGCAAUAGAGGACAACCUGUUUGUGGCUGGGAUCAUAAUGUUGGCCUGUCCUGUAGCACUAAUUCUAGGGACCUAUGCACACAUUGGUCAUGCAGUGCUGAAGAUCAAGUCAAUGACUGGGUGCAGAAAGGCUCUGGGGACUUGUGGGUCCCACCUUGUGGUGGUUUUCUUUUUUUAUGGCUCAGCCAUGUACACGUAUCUCCAACCUGUCCAUGGGUAUUCUGAGAAUGAGGGAAAGUUUGUUGCCCUUUUUUAUACCAUAGUUACUCCUAUGCUGAACCCCCUGAUUUACACCCUGAGAAACAAGGAUAUGAAGGGGGCUCUGUGGAAGGUACUUGGAAGAGGCAUAGCCACAGGGUAG